AUGGACGUUUUGAGUAUUAUCAUCAAGCCCAUAAUUUGUCCAUACUUAGCAAAUGGAAGAAACUGGUCCAUGCUUAGAGGCUGCCUCCCAGACUACAAUAGUGAAAAAGGAUUGUGUCCCACCGCCAGAAGAGCAUGCAAAACUCUCUCAACCUACAAGAAGGACAAGCUGCCUGUUCCACCUGAAGUCCGGAAGGCUUGUGCCACGCUCAUCACCUAUGGCAUUGAAGUUGCGAAAUCUAAUAAAGUCCUUGAUUGGACCUCUGAUACUUUAGAAGACGAAGAAGAAGAGUUGACUUUGAAUAUGCUGCAUCCAUCUGCAUCUCCCAGAAUUAAGAGGUGGAGCUCACAGGGCGGUCCAAAUUGCAUUACUAUCUCGUCAUCUAAGGCUAGAGACUGGUCAGCCUUCGCACUUGAUGAAAACGCUGACAUGGCAGGGGAAAUACCACACUUUCUCAGUGCACAGUUUGCGCGCCCAUGGCCAAGGAAUCCUAAGGAUCAACCUCCAGCUACCACAUCCAGUGGAACAGCUUCAGUUUACCCUGAAUGGCCUAGCUUUCAGGCCUACUCAGCAAUUCCACCACAUGGGUUCUUCCCCCCUACUGUUGCUGCAAAUCCACAGGCCCAUCCAUACAUGUGGGGAGCUCAGCCCAUGGUGCCACCUUACGGGACGCCACCACCACCUUAUGUGAUGUAUCCACCUGGAACAGUAUAUGCCCAUCCCUCUACACCUCCUACUAUGCAUCCAUUUAGUCAUUAUCCUAUGCCAACAAAUGGACAUGCUGAAACUCCUGGAGCUGCGCCAAGUGUUCCAGAAAUGAAUGGGAAAAGUGAGCCUGGCAGAACAUCUGCUCCAUCUGCCAAUGGGAUUACCUCCCACAGUGAGAGUGCAAGUGAGAGUGAGAGUGAAGGAAGUGAUGCCAAUUCUCAAAAUGAUUCACACUCAAAGGACAAUGAUGGAAAGGAAGAUGGCAAUUCUCAGAAUGGCAUGUCUUAUUCAGCAUCACAAGGAAUGUUAAACCAAACCAUGGCGAUGCUUCCAGUACAACCGGGUGCAAUGGUUGGAGGAGUCCCUAGCUCCACAGCUAACUUGAAUAUUGGAAUGGACUACUGGGCAGCUCCAGGUUCUGCAGCUGUCCCUGCAACGCAUGGCAAAGCACCAGCUGGUUCAGCUCGAGGAGACCAAUGGGAUGAAAGGGAACUCAAGAAGCAAAAACGAAAGCAGUCUAAUAGAGAAUCAGCACGCAGAUCCCGGCUGCGCAAGCAGGCUGAGUGCGAGGAGCUUGGGCAACGUGCUGAAGCUUUGAGGUCGGAGAACUCCUCUCUCAGGGCAGAGCUUGAGCGGAUAAGAAAGGAGUACGAACAGCUACUUUCACAGAAUGCUUCCCUCAAGGAAAAGCUGGGGGCCACCAGUGAUUCGAUUCCUGAUAUGAAUGAAAAGGACGAUGGCGACGGCAGCUACAAGAAGCAACCUGAUUCUGAUGCCCAAUCUUGA